AACAGUGGCAGCAAUGUUUACGUGCACGUGGAUAUUUGGAAUAGUUGUGUUCAGUGCAGCGCUGCCUCGCCGCGUGCACGCCCAGCCCUCCGCCUACCCUCCCAACAUCACGACCUGCGAGCAAUUCGAGAGGUCAGCGCGAUUCAACCCUUACGCACUCAUUGAUUCAAUGUGGAAAAUAUUUUACUUCUGGUCAAAUAAUACCGAGUUAACUCCUAUUGUUUUCGCAUUGGCUGCUAAAAAUAGGGUCAAAAAGUUUAAGAGCAUUUUCGAGGCCAGGAAUCCAGACAUGGAGAUAGAAUGGGAGAAGGCGACUUUGUUCAUGAACCCGAGGGCUGGGGUGGAGGUGCUGUUCCUAUACGCCAGCACUCCAGGAGCCUUCCGCGCAAUCAUCCUGAAAGAGCAGCGCAAUAAAGCACGCCCGUACCCCGAGCCGUUGGUAAAGUUUGCAGACGUGAGGAUGAAACUUGUUGAACGAUACCUCGGCAUGAUGUGCUGUGAAGAUCUUACGGCGUUUGCACUGGCCAGAUUAGGGGAGGUGCCCAAAACUGAGGAGAGUUGCAAAAAAGCGGCCGAUGCCAUUGGGUACCAAGGAUAUGAGGGACGAUCUUACUUGCAUCUCAUGAAAGAAAAUGAUGAACUAUGACAUUAAUUUUACUUGGUAAUUUUAGUACAUUUUGUUUGAUUGUUUAAUACAGGGAUUACAAAACUUGCUCUCUAGUCUUAAAUUAGUUUUGAAUAUCCGAGCAAUGUAUAUGAGUGUUUGAUGCUGACUCGAUAUAGUGUAUAGUUACUAUCGAUCAUGUGAUAGAACAGGUGCGUCAGCUGUUCAUCUAGUGCAUACUGGCUUUAGUCAAGCAAUUUCGUAAGCGAUUCUAACUUUGUUCGCACAGCAGGCGAUCUAUCGUUCACGUCAAACAACAACAUGUUAACUGCAAACUUGACUAUUCUACAUUGUAAAAAAAUAACACAGUGGAUCACACAGCCAAUUGAGAGCUUAAAAACAAAUCUAAAUAAAGCCGAUAUAAACCUACUGCGCACUAACGUACAUUUUGUGUAAGCUUCAGAAAUAUUGGCAAAUGUUAGUAAUAUAUCCCUAUUUCCGAAUGGUGCGCCCAUAAUGUUUGUAUGAUGUGUUUAGUGAAUAAUGUGGGAAGCGGGACAUCUCAUAGUCCCGAUCUACCGAUAAAUCAAUUGCCAACACGCAAUACCUUACGGUUACCAUAAAUAAAAUAUGUUGUUAUUUACACACACCUACCCGCCUACCCACUAACCCAUAGAGAGCCGAACUGAUAUUGUGAUACAGGAAAUGGAUAUGGGCGAGUUCGUAAUUAAUAAAAAAUGAGGUAUCCUUAACAUUUGGUGAUCAAGCUCCUAAAGAGAAUACAAAAUAUAUCCUCCUGAUUUAAGAUUACGUGAUCCGUAAACUGCUGAACAACUAAAACGCUUCGUAAAAGGCCUAGUCGUUUUCAUACUUUGCUACAAGACUAAAAAAAUAUAACAUUCAAAACUACUAUAACUUUUUAGAUCCCUAACUCUUAAGAUAGAGUUAUUUUUUGGACACAAAAAGGAUGCCGUAUACUGAAGAAUUUAUACACAUUUUUGUACCCGGUCUGUAGUAAAACUUUGGGAAAGGCUGACCUCGACUAUCAUUAAGGCACGUUUUGUUAUCAUGGAGAUUUAAGGCGUUCUAAUUUAAAAAAUAAAACAUUAAUUUUUACAACAACUGAAACCUGCCAUUAAUUUAUAAUUAGAUUUUAUAUUAAAACCUUGAAAACGCUAACAGGAAAUGUAAUAACUGGCUGUUUUGCGAGAAAACUGACAACACAAAUAAAUAGGUGGGUAUCAAGUCGGCGAUCUACAUUCAAUAAGAUGUCGUUGGCGAGUGCCCCGGGCCACCCAUAUCCAACAGAGCAAAUUUAUUUUUCUCCCAAGCAUACUAGACGUCAACAAAUAAGGUUAUUUUCAAUAUAGAAGUU